GACGAAGAAGAACGCCGCCUCCAAAGAAGAUGGCAGGCAUAGCCGUUAAACGUAAAUUAGAGAGUGAAGACGACGGUGAAUUAUCUCUCAAAGUCAAGAAGACCAAAGUUAUGAGUGACAAUGUUGGAGAAGAAGGUGAACCUGUAUGUCAGAAGAUUCUGUCUGGGUUUAAAACAUCCAGCGUGCUGAUUGAUUAUACCCGGGAGAAAAAAAUCUUCAUCCACGGAAAGUUAGCUGAUCAGGAUGCUGUGGUCAUUCUGGAGAAGACCCCCUUCAGAGAGAACGACCUGGCUGAAGUCUUCAGUACUUCUACGCUGAAGCUAGAUAUGAAAAAUGACAUCUACAGCACGUAUAAACUACGGGCUCCUCCUCACCUCAAUGAGAUUAAGACCACGGUAGUGUGUCCAGCCACAGAGAAGCACUUAAACAAGUACAAGCGUCAGGAGAGUUUUCUGGUGGAGGAGACGAAGACGGACUAUGAAUCCAUCACUCUACCCUUCAUUGAGAAGCAGAACACCUUCAGUUUGCAGUGGGUUUACAACAUCCUGCAGAAGAAGGCCGAGGUUGAGAGGAUAGUUUAUGAAGAUUCGGAUCCAGACACUGGCUUUAUGCUCCUCCCCGAUUUCAAGUGGGACCAAAAACAGGUAGAUGAUUUGUACCUGAUUGCCAUCGUACAUCCGAUGAACAUCAAGAGUCUGAGAGACCUGACAGCAGAACAUAUACCCCUGCUUAAGAACAUCUUGCAGAAAGGACAGGCGGCCAUCUUGGAGCGCUACAGCCUUCCAGCCAAUAAGCUGAGAGUUUACCUGCACUACCAGCCAUCCUACUACCACCUCCACAUCCACUUCACCAAUCUGGGCUAUGAUGCUCCGGGCUGUGGCGUGGACCGAGCCCACCUCCUCUCAGAUGUCAUUCAGAACCUCCAGUCUGACCCUGACUACUACAAAAAACGGACAUUGUACUUCCCCCUGAGAGUGGACGACAAACUGUUCAGCACCUUCAAAGAGGCGGGAAGAGUGUAAAGGACUGUUCACAGGCACUUAUACCCAACUAACAUUGUUGAUGAGGGCUGUGUGCUUCCUUGCUUACUAUGCUUUUAUUAUUUGCAUAGUUUCUGAUGGAAAAUGACCAUAAAUAAUCAUUUUUAACAUGUCUGUAUACUCAAUUAAAAAAAAAGAAUGGAAUCAGGGAAUAGAAACAAUAGAGCACAAGUAUCUUUUUUGAUAAAUUCACUUGACAAAUUCAAGCCAUUAUCAGGAUAAAGGCUAACAAGCUAGCAUUGUUGUUCCUGAAAAGCAGAAACUGCUUAAUCAAUUAUCAUGUUUCAUGUUUUAGUCUUGUUUCCAUUUGAUUAGUAUGCAUUUUAUAUGAUUCUUGAUUUAUUACAAUGACACAAGAUCAUGAUUGUCAAAUGUUUCAUGUUUUUAUACGUUUCCUGAAUAUUGAAAUAAAGGAAAAAGUUUCUUACUUAAA